CGAGUCAAUAUUUAUGCCGGAAAUGACGCCUGCCGCGAGUGCGCCUGCGCGACACUGUCCUCUAGUUCUCAUCUGCUAAGUGCAGCGCGCAGAGUUUCCCUCAUAAUAACUCUGAUAUCCAUAUUCACACUAUUACUGUAUUAAUAUCAUCAGCAGCAGCAUCACCUUCACCAUCAUCAUCAUCACCUGACUGAACAAUGGCGGCAACUCUGGCGCGCAAAGCUGUGGAUCAUCUGCGCAGCAAAGAGUUCAGAGAUUACCUGAUGAGCACGCAUUUCUGGGGUCCGGUGGCCAACUGGGGUCUGCCCAUCGCCGCCAUCAGUGACAUGAAGAAGAGUCCAGAGAUCAUCAGCGGACGUAUGACCUUUGCUCUGACCUGCUACUCUCUCCUCUUCAUGCGCUUCGCCUAUAAAGUGCAGCCCAGAAACUGGCUCCUGUUCGCCUGCCACUUCACUAAUGAGGGCGCACAGCUCAUCCAGGGCAGCAGACUCAUCAAAUACAACAUGGAGAAGAAGAUGGCCAAGUGAUCAUUAUCUUCAUCAUCAUCAUCAUCCUCUGCUGGAAGAUCCACAGUUUUAACACAAAUAAAUAACUGUACACACACACACACACACACACACACACGCACGCACGCAGCGGUUUGGCUUUAUGCCAUCUCUCUCUCUCUCUCUGUUACUCAUGUGAAGCCUUACAGCAGCUCAUAGUUUGUAAUGUAGGAAUACUGGAUUAAUUUAUUUGCACAGUGAGAUCAGUGUAUCAGAAAUCAACAUAGAGAAAAUAAUAAACCUGUAAUGAUGA